AUGAAAAACAUAGACACCCUCCUCACGCUCCUCAUCCCGGUGCUCGUCGUCGUCCACCUCGUCGUCGCCCCCUACACCAAGGUCGAAGAGUCCUUCAACAUCCAGGCCGCCCAUGACGUCCUCGUCUACGGCACGCCCGUUGGCCGCGGCGCCGGUCUGCGCCUCGAGCAGCGCUACGACCACUUUGCCUUUCCCGGCGCCGUCCCGCGCACCUUUGUCGGCGCCGUGCUGCUCGCCGGCAUUGGCCAGCCCGUGAUCCAAUUGGCCAACUCCGUCGGCGCGCUCAUGGGCGGUCCCGCCGCCCAGACGGCCGUCCGCGGCGUGCUGGGCCUGGCCAAUGCGGCGGCCAUGGUGGCGCUGUCGCGGUCGCUGGGUGCCGCCUGCGGCCGGUCCGCGGCGCGCUGGUACGUGCUGCUGCAGGCCAGCCAGUUCCACGUCCUCUUCUACGCGUCGCGCACGCUGCCCAACACGUUUGCCUUUUUCCUGACGACCUAUGCCUUUUCGUUCCUGCUGUCGCCCCAGGGCGCCCGCGCCACCCGCCGCGCCGACAUACGCGCCGGCGGCCGCAUCCGCGUCGCGCUCUGCCUGCUGUCGUACGCCGGCGUCGUGUUCCGUGCCGAGGUGGCCAUCUUGCUGGCGGCCGUGGCCGCGUACCUCGUCGUGGCCCCGCUGGCCACGGCCGAGCGCAUCGUGCGCACCGUCGCCGUCGCCGUCGCCGUCGCCCUGGCGCUGUCCGUCCCCAUCGACUCGUACUUCUGGCAGACGUUCCCGCCCGUGCCCUACUGGCCCGAGCUGCACGGCUUCCUGUUCAACGUCGUCCACGGCCAGGCCAGCGCGUGGGGCACCAGCCCCUGGCACUACUACUUUACGUCGGCCCUGCCACGCCUGCUGCUCAACCCGCUCGUCUACGUUGUCUUGAUCCCCGUGGCGCUGCGGCGCCCCGCCACGGCGGGCCCGGCGUCUCUGCUCGUCUGGCCCAGCCUGCUUUUUGUCGCCGUGUACUCGCUGCAGCCGCACAAGGAGGCGCGUUUUGUCCUGUACGUCGUGCCGCCAUUGACGGCGGCCGCCGCCCUGGGCGCCGACCAGCUCACCAAGAGUGUGAGUGUCCUCCGCCACCAAGAACAAGAACGCGAUGCCAGCACCGCGGCCCAGAACGCCAGCGACCGCAAGCCGGCUGCUGGUGGACCGGCCGUCCUGUCCAAGCUCACCUGGUACGCACUGGUGCUGUCCGUCCCCGUCGCCUUUGCCGCCAGCACGGCCAUGCUGCUCGUCUCGGCGCUCAACUACCCUGGCGGUGAGGCUCUGGCGGCCCUGCGCGACCUAGCCACGGCUGAUGCGGCUGCGGCUGCUGCUGCUGCUGCUGCUGCGGCUCCGGCAAGCCCUGCCGACACGCCCUUUGUCGUGUCGGCACACGCUGAUGUGCUGGCCUGCAUGACUGGCGUCACGCUGUUCGGCUCCGCCAUGGGCGCCACACUCCUCAGCCACCGCUUCGCGGAAGAGCAGCGACACGCUGCUCUGGCCCGUGCCGCUCUGGCGGCCAACCUCGAUCCCUUUGACCCCAACGCCGACCGCCUCCUGCCCGCUGCCGGCAAGAAGCCGACGGCCGUUGCUGGCCCAGGACAACCGCCCCAGCUGCUUGUCGACAAGACCGAGGAUCCCGCCGUGCUCCGCGACCCGGCCUUUUGGACGCAGUUUGACUACGUCCUCGUGGAAGACCCCAAGGCCGUCGUGACAACCGCGGCCGGCAGCGCCAGCGGCCAGCCGCAGUCCCAAUGGGACACCGUCGCUGUCGUCGAGGGCUAUGCCGGCAUCGAGGUGCAGCGUCCCGGCCACAUGAGCUCGCGCGCCGACGAGGAUGAAGGCGCGCGGCCGACCGUUGUCGGGCACGGCGCCACAGUGGCACGCCUGCGCCAGGCGGUGCGGUCUCUGACGGGCGGGUGGUGGGCCGGUCCGCGCAUGGCGCCGCGGAUCUAUAUUCUGCGGCGCGUCAAAGGGGACGGCGCCGCGGUGGCCGGCAGCGGUAAGGCGAAGGCGGCAGCAUAA